UGCCCCACGCCCACGAAAGGUAAAAGAACUGCGUUUCACAUACGAAGAAUCGUCGGCCCCUCUCUGAAACAAGCAACAUUGAAUAUCCAGGAGCGAGCAGAUGAAUGAAAAAAAUGGAGAACCCAACAACAAAGAACUCUAUGCUUUGCUGCACAUAUCGCCCGAAGCUUCUGAUGAAGAAAUCAGAAGGGCUUAUCGCCAAUGGGCUCAAGUUUAUCAUCCUGAUAAAUGCCAAUCUCCACAAAUGAAGGAGAUCGCUACAGAGAACUUUCAACGAGUAUGUGAAGCUUAUGAAAUUUUAACAGAUGAAAAAAAGAGAAUGAUAUACGAUAUUUAUGGUAUGGAGGGACUAAAUUCCGGUCUGGAACUCGGCCCCAAAUUGAACAAAGUUGAAGAGAUAAAGGAAGAACUCGAGAGAUUGAAGCGUCAGAUGGAACAAGAAAAAGUUGCAGCGCAUUUCCAACCUUCUGGUUCGAUUUUGGCAAAUUUGUCGUGGCCUGAUUUUGUAGAUGGUGACGGCAUUAUGAGAGGGAUGGUUAUGGCGAGUGAAGUUCAAACUCAAAUAUCGAAGCACACUUCUCUGGCUAUCGGUGGGAAUUUGGCGGUGAACUCAAAUGCCGGUGGUGGUGCAACGACUGCUAUCCUUAGGCAUAAUUUGUCCCCGGUUUCUUCUGUUGAAUUUAUGGGCUCUAUUGGUUUGCAGUCGUUAUUAGGAAUGCAAUCUUCUCGACAAUUGUCGGUUCACUCUACUGCAAUAAUGGGGAUUACCAUGUCUUUGAGAGAUGGCUCGAUUAAUCUAUCAAACACUUGGAGCCGUCAACUCUCGGAGACAACAAAUGGAAACAUACAUCUCUCUUUAGGUGUAGAAUCAUCUAUAGGUGUUGGCUGGAGAAAGAAAGACGAAAAUAUGUCUGCUUCGGGAGGGAUUAAGAUUGGGACAAGCUCGUUUGGUGCAACUGCUCACUACACUCAUUUCUUUUCCGCUAAAUCACAUGGACGAAUUGCCGGCACAGUUGGAAGUGGUGCACUUGCACUUGAAAUUGGGGGUGGAAGAAAAGUAUCAAAAUCCAGCACUGUUCGAAUGUUAUAUUCCAUUGGAAUUCAGGGACUGAUUUGGAAAUUUGAAUUGCAUCGUGGUGGGCAAAAGUUGGUUGUUCCUAUAUUGUUGUCCAAUCAUCUGAAUCCAGUUUUUGCAACCGGGGCAUUCAUUAUUCCAGUAUCUCUUUAUUUUACUCUCAAGAACUUUGUGUUUAAACCCUAUUAUCGUAGACGGGAAAAGCAAAAGGGUUUGGACAAGUUUGAAAAGACUCGAGGCCAGGUUAAAGAGGCAAGGACAGCAGCUAAGAAAGCUCAACAGCUAUUGCAGAAUGUUGCGAAUAGGAAAAGAAAUAAGCAACUAGAAAUGGGUGGACUUGUUAUUGUUAAGGCUAUUUACGGGAAUAUCAAAGCUCGGCAUAAUAUGUCGGAACAAGAAACAGAAGAAGAAGAAGAAGAUGAAGUGGCGUCACAGAUUAUUGAUGUCACAGUACCUCUGAAUUUUCUCGUCAAUGAUUCUGGGCAACUCAAGCUACACCAAGGUGUUAAAAAAUCUGGAAUUAUGGGGUUUUGUGAUCCUUGUCCUGGACAAGUUAAACACUUGUGUGUGGAGUAUACCCAUCGUGGCACCAGAUACGAGGUUACAGUGGAUGAUUACGCGGAGUUGCUAAUACCGGAUCAAAGCCACAGAGUCGUCUAAAUACUUGAUUUGUAUUUUGCUAAAGAUUAUUAGCCUAGUUAGUUAUAAACUUGAAGAAUAUAUAGAGUUACAUUAUUUUUCCGGAUCCAGAGUAUAAACAUGUAAUGACAUUCGUAAUGUUUUAUACGCAACUUAUUUCCUGGUGUUUAGAUGAUAAUAGUUCAAUCAUUCAUGAUAUACUAUUCGUGGAACUUCAUACUGCUCGAGUUUUGAUUCAAAGUGUUGUUGCUGCUUGAGUA